AUGAUGAAACUAUAGUUGAUCAAGUCAGAAGAUACAAGAUAAUUAGACUUUUACAAUCUUGAAUAAAUAUCAAAUAAAUAAGAAGUAAGCAGCUAAUAAAGUGGAGGCUCUUUGCCUAUCAUUUACAUAGCACUAAUAGAUAAAUAUGGUUAAAUAGUAGGAAAUGAUUUUUCAAGCAAAGUUAGAAUAUCUAUAUAAACUUAAAAUUUAGAUGAAAAAGCAAGUAAAUAUUAACCUUUUAUUGAGGGAAAUACUGAUUUUCAAACUUUAGGUGGUAUAUCAGUAAUUUAAAAUGUAUUUGUAACAAGCAAUCCAGGGUCCAAAUUUUAUGUAUCAUUCUCAACAGAUGGUAUCGACCUUAGUAAAUAAUCUAAUAAGGAAUACAUGAAACAAUCGAGCAAAGAGAAUCUUGAUUUUAAAUUGGAUAUAUAACUAAGAGAAUGUAAUGUCGGAGAAUAUUUUACAUCUGCUGGGAAAUGUCUAGUAUGCUCAGAUAAUUAAUAUUCACUCGUGAAAAUGACAUAACCAGGAUCCUGUGAAAUUUGUGAAUCAGAAAAAGCUCAAUGUCUAGGAGGAGCUAAUAUCGGGCCAUUGCCAGGAUAUUGGAGAAAAAGUAACACUACAAAAAAUAUAGAAAAAUGUCUAUUUUAACCCGCAUGUCUUGGAAUGGUAGCUCCAACUUUUAAUUAAUUGGGUGAUUGUUAAGAAGGAUAUAGAGGUAUUCUUUGUGCUGAUUGUAGUCAUGGAUAUUCUAGAGAUAAUGAUUAUCAAUGCAAAUAUUGCCCUGAACAUUGGGCUAAUAUCCUCAGACUACUAGCAAUAUUUAUUGGAGUAGUUUUUUUGAUUGUCUUUAUGGUGAGGUCAACGCUAAAUGGUGCAAAAGAUUCAAAUAAUGUCACCAGCAUUUACAUUAAAAUCCUUUUAAAUCAUUUUCAGCUAUUACUAAUAACAUCUUCAUUUGAUUUCUCAUGGUCUUAGGAAAUUCUUCAAUUCUUCGGUGUUACAAGCUAAGUUGGAGAAGUUUCUACACAAGUAUUCAGCAUUGAUUGCUUCAUUAAUUCAAAUAAUCAAGAUUAUGAAAAAAGCUCAGACUCAAAAAGAAUAUAUUUCUUUAGGCUCAUCAUUAUAGCAGUCUUUCCUUUAGUUUUAACUGUCAUUUGCUUUUUAUUUUGUACUCGUUUUAUGAUUUUAAAUGCAAAGAGAUUGAUGGAGAAUUAAGACUUCAAGAUGAUUUAGAAAUUAUUUGUUGGAAUAACAUGA